AUGGAUGAGAUGGAUAAAAUCGAUGAAAUGAAGAUUGUCACCCAGGAUGUAGGAGAGGAAAAGAGACAGAAUGGAGAUGAGAAUGAGAAGGGGAUGAGUCAGGUGGAUGGGAUUAAACUUCCUCGGGUGUCGAUUCAGUUUUGUACGCAGUGUAAAUGGAUGUUGAGGGCGGCUUAUUUUGCACAAGAACUCCUCUCAACCUUCGGGACAGAUAUCGGAGAAGUCGCCCUCCAACCUAGUACCGGUGGUACAUUUAUUGUCGAAUUAUUUACAGAUGCAAACGCGAAUAAGAGUGCUACACGUCAUGUAGAAGGAGAAGCUGGAAAGAACGUGGACGAAGUAAAGGAUGUCAAGGUAUUGAAACAUACGCUUUGGGAUCGGAAGAGUGAGGGAGGAUUUCCUGAAACGAAAGAACUGAAAAAGAGAUUGAGAAACAUUAUUGAUCCGUCAAGGGAUUUGGGUCAUGUCGAUGGAAAGAAAUCAACAACAUCAAAGACCACCCCUCCUACCUCUAACUCAGCACCCACCAGCCAACUCCAAUCUUCAGCACAGCAAGAUUCCGCACCAACAGAUCUCAAAGCAUCUACCUCAACCCCAGCUAGUGCCAUUUCUCAACCUCCAGCUUCCAGCCCCGUCUCUACUGCCCAGCUGAUUGAAGCAAAGCCAGAAGAGGUAAAGGAGAAGAAGCAAGAAGAAGAGAAAGUAACGUUGAAUGAGAGAGGUAAAAUUGUAAUCACGGGUUUGGAAGGAGAGGGAGGAUUUGGGGAUCCUCUGUUGGAUUGGAACGGUUAG